UUCUCUUUUCUAUAAAGACAAUUUUAGUGUAAUUAGAGAAGGCUUGCUGUUUGCAAAUUCAACAAAUUUAAUAACGCGGAUAUAGCGAAGAAGUAUUAAAAAUGAUUAACAAGUUGACUCUACAUUUAUUGGGCACAGUUCUCCUGAUUAUUUUGGCAAUAUUUAAUUAUUAUGAAGAUGAUGAAAAAAUUGAAUUUACCAAGUACAGCGAUAAAAACACAAAAUCACUUGACGAUAAACCCCAUCCAAUGGAUAUAAAUUUAAAGAAACAAUUACAAAUUAUUACCGAGUAUUUUGGGAAAAGAAUCGAAAACAAUAAUCAAUGCAGUGGAAUUCCAAAUGUUGAUAAUUCAACAAGUGCCAUCGAUUUAAACUUUACGAAAAUUAUAACGUUGUUCCAUCAAAGUUCAUUUGAAUAUUAUUUUUUCCACAACGGCUAUAGUAUUAUAUUUUCGGACAUGCCCGAAAAUGUAACACAAGAAAUUUUAAAAUUGACGCCCUUAAAAUGUGAUCCACAAUUCAAGGAAAAUAGAGAAACAUAUAAAAAAAUUGAAGACUAUUUUAAAAGUUAUUUAAAAUAUUUUCCAGAGCAGUCCUAUAAUGACAAAUACAAUGCAUGCUAUGUAGACAGUCUUUUAAAUAUCCAAACAAUAGAAUCUCAAAUUUACAGUUUUAAUUUUAAAAACUCUAAGAUUAGCCGAAAUUCGUUAAACAAUGAAAUAAGUGCCAAUUUACUAUUCUUACUACCUUGCAUCUUAUUGGAGCCAAAAAUUAAAAUAAAUACAUCAUUCAAAAAUAAACUAAGAAUCCUAAAACAAGUUAAUGAAAAUAAUUUCAAACAUAAAUGGAAGGCAAAUACACUUCCUCUAAAAAAUGAAAUAUUCAAGAAUCAAUUGAAGAUAGCUAUUGACUAUUUUGAAAAUGUUUUAAAACUCAACGAUUGUAGUGAAACUGAUAAAGUGAAUAAUUUAAAAAUUCGUGAAUCCAAUUUUACGAAAAUAAUUUCGUUGAUUAGUUACACAGCUUAUGAAAUUUAUUUCCUGCACAAAGGUUAUUACAUAAAUCUAUCAAAAUUUCCAGAAACAAGAAAAGAAGAAAUGUUAAAUUCAAUGCCAUCAGAAUGUGAACCGAAACUAAUGGAAAAUAAAGAAACAUUUCAAAAUCUUAUACAUUUUUUAAAUGUAUUUUUAAACAAUUUUCCAGAAAAUUUUGACGACAAUAAAUACAGUAAAUGUUUUCUUAAGAAUAUUUUAGAAUUGGUAUUAGUAGAGAAUAAAAUUUCUCUUUUUUCUUCUCGAAAAUACAACCUUCGUAGAAGUUCAUUAAUUAAUAGUAUUAGAAACGGAUCACAAAAAAUACAUCAUUGUAUAAAACAAUAGGGAAUUAUUUAAAGAUUUUUCCUGUAACAGCAAUCUCAUUGAUAAAUAAAAUAUAAACUUAAAAGUAAAAUUACUAUUAAUUUCAUUAUACAGGAAAAUAU